GGUCUGGAUGCUAGCAAUCUGGAUGCGUCAUCCGUGUCAUUAGGAUCUCUUAAUAGAUCUGGAAGUACUCGACGAAUUGGAAGCAAAAAUGGAAGAGGCUGCGCAAGCGUUCCUCAAGGCACGCAACAGGAUUUAGAUAAAAUGCGAAGUGAUCUUGUCUCGAACGAAUGGGACCGACGAACAAACGGAUUAAAGAACUUUGCGGAGCUAGUGGCCAAAAACGCUCAAACGGCAAUGUCAGACACGAAACUCGUCGAGGCAUUUGUUUGCCGAACAUCCGACAUCAACUCCAAAGUAUCGCUCGAUGCCAUGGAAAUACUGAUCACUGUGCUUCCAACGCUUGCCGGGUAA